CAUAGUUGUGCUGAGUCAUCAGUCAGGUGAGCAGGGUCAGCUGACAACAGUAUUUAGAUCGAAGACUCCCGCGAGCUGAAAGCCAAGCAGAGUUGAGUUUGUGUGAGCUUUAUGAAAAAAUGUAAAGCCUGUAGAUCUUCGAAGACCGUGGGGAGGGAGGCUUGCUGCACACUAAUGACAGAAUUGCCACGCAGAUCGAUGAGGCCAACUAACGAGGACUGUUGAUAUCUGAUGCGAACAUGUGACAUGUGGACACAGGUUGCCGCUGUUCUGUAACUUCAAGUUACAGGAACUUGAGGACAAUAUUCAUCGUGUCUGUCUAUUUCAAGAUACAUCCUAAAUUCCAGAAACGUCCCCCACAAACGCAGUUAACUAGUUCGAGAUUAUUAUUUUGUGCUAUGAUUUGAACAUUUACAUUUAGUUGAUUUGUUUUUGGACGGAGGUAUACUACAAACAAUUUCUACAUUGACCUGUUACACAUAAAAUGAAGAAUGAGUACGUAAUUUAAUCGGAUCUCUAUGACGUCUGAAAAAGGCAUUGUGCCUCCCUGGACACUUCAAUAACCGCCCGAGAAUCAGCAUGAGCCUGAAUAUGGGGUCAGCUGAUGGUGUCCUCAAGCGGGGGUCUUUUGGAUGGAACACUGAUGGAAACUUCAGCUCUGUAUGCCCCAAUGGAUCGGUAUGGGUUUGGGAAGGGCUGGGGGAAUGUGCCCAGGACGCCAGGGACAUGGCCAGUGUCAUCCUGGGUCUGCUGUCUAUAGUGUGCUUCAUGGUUUCUUCUCUGCCGCAAUACUACAGCUCUUGUAAGAGUGGGAAUAUGGACAGCGCCUUGUCCAUUUGGUUUCUGUUGCUGUGGCUGGGGGGUGACUCCUGCAAUCUUGUAGGCUCAUUCUUAGCUGACCAACUGCCGCUACAGACAUACACAGCAGUGUAUUAUGUCCUGGCUGACUUAUUGAUGCUGGGAUUGUACUUUUACUACGUAUCUAAGCACAGGAUGAAUAACAACAGGUCGGUUCUAAAUGUAGUUGGUAUAGUCUAUAUACUGGGCUUCUCUGCCAGCCUCGUUGCCUUACCUGGGUCAGGGUCCCAACAGGAUGUGGUCCUCUCUGGGUUUAAGGGGCGGGCCUUGCUGUCAACUACUGUGGACAGUGUUAAGGCUUUCAGCACCAAGGAGAUCAUUGGGUUUACCAUUGGCUCCAUAUCCUCAGUGCUCUACCUCGGCUCCAGACUGCCACAGAUGCACACUAAUUACACAAGGAAGUCGACGGAGGGUUUGUCCUACUUCCUGUUUGCCCUGGUCAUCCUGGGUAACACUACGUAUGGCCUGAGUGUGCUGCUGAAGAACCCUGAGCAAGGCCAGGGAGAGGGAAGCUACAUCAUCCACCACCUGCCCUGGCUCAUAGGAAGCCUGGGCACCCUAUCUCUAGACGUCCUGAUCUCCGUACAGUUCCUGAUAUACCGCAAUAAUGCCCCUCUGGAGUUGGAAUCGCAGCAUGAUGAGAGAGCUCCUCUGCUGGACAAAUGAAACUGCUCCCUUUGUGCUGAUUCUAGCAGUUCAGACAAUUAUCCCCACCCAAUAGACUCUCACUCACAUUCCUAAACUUUGACAAACACAGGAAAUCCCUUUUCACGGUGUCGUUAUAUUUAUGUGAUUUGUGUUAUGAGAAAGAUGUUAAUUGGGAUUCAGCUGUAGAUUAACAGUUAAAAUAAUCUUUUAGUGAAGGACCUUCCAACCGUUUGUCUACAUUUGUAUAAACCUGUCCUGACAAUCAUGACACUACUACUGGUCACUACAGGGAACAUUGUCGUAUUAGAAUAGUCUUGUUAUUUUAUUUCAGAAGUGAUUGACAAAAAAAAAAAUUUGCAGAUCACUUCAUGACUUGAGUAUACAGAGACAUGAAUAUUAGUGUCUUGACAUGUUACAAUAAAUCCACAUGAACUUCAUUAAAGUGUAAAUGUCUGAAGUACUGUACUUAAUUUAUUUGAUCGUUUACAUCAGUUGCCUUUAAGCAUUUUGAAUUGUACAUUUUAGAUUUAUGUACUUCUUGUUGACCACUUUUGAGGGUAUGGUAUCCAGUCUGGAGACUUGACCUCGUUUGUUCAGUGUAAGCACAGAGUAAUGAUGCUCCCUGUUUCUUUCUUAGUCUGUUCCCUAACAAAUGGUGUUGCAUCAGUACAGAAAUGCACAGGAAGGAUUUAAAAUUUUAUCACGUUGAUAAUGUCUCAUUUCCCACAUUUAGGCAGGAAAAAGACAAUGUUCUAAAGAAAUUGGGAAUGUCUUUCAUUUUGAUUUAUGUUUCACUAACACGCUCAAUAGGACACAAUCAUGCUUUUAACUGAAUUUGUAUGGAGCCCUGCUGUCAUUUGGCCAGUGUACCUGAUCUUUAGUGUGUUAAAUAUGCUGGGAAAAUGUCAUUUUCCGCCUUCCAUAUCCAGCCCGUACUGUUUUUGACUGGACUUCAAGAUUGUAUAAUAAAAUUCAUGAAAAGUAAUUUCACAUUUAAUUGUAAUUUUAAUGUUUGUGCUCUAACUAAUUGUGUUCUAUAAACCAAUUUCUGUUCAUGCAAGUGGCUGACUACAAAUCACCUAUCAGUAGCUGCAAUUUUGCAGUACGCGCAGAUCGUGUUAUCAGCCUAUCACAUGUUAUGAAACUAUUUGUCAGUCACAUGAAACAAAACGGUAAUGAUUAUGCUAAAUCAUGCAAUAUAACUUGUCUUAUAUACGCCUAUACAGAGAUAACUGCUGGGUCUGCCCAGGGAGAGCUGAUUGACAUGUACUAUGGUGCAUUGAGUUGGAACCUCUUCAGCCAGCUGACAAUAAACAAUGAUUCAUUUUAGAUUGA